ACUAUUGUUCUUCGUUGCUCCGAUGGCUUCCACGCAUGGAACAUAAAGACAGGGAUGAAGCUAAGUCUUCAGGGACCUUCUGGGCUUGUUUGUUCCAUGACUAUCAAGGAUGUGAUGAUGUUUGCUGGCACGGCGGACGGGCGCAUCAAGGCUUGGAAAUUUCCUGCUAAGGACAUCAACUCGGAACAGGUGGCAAUCCUCGCUGGCCAUGACCGUCAUGUGAUUUCACUUGCUGUCUCAACAACAAGGCUUUACUCUGGCUCACUUGACAAGACAAUCAGAGUAUGGGACCUUAAAAAUCUUCAGUGUGUCCAAACACUCUCUGAGCAUAAGGCUGCUGUUACUUCUGAGCUUUGUUGGGGUCAGAAGUUACUUUCUUGCUCUCUGGACAAGACUGUAAAGGUCUGGGUUGCUUCAGAAUCUGGAGACCUUCAACUCAUGCAUACCCACUCUGAGGAGCAUGAAAUCGUCGCAUGGGCCGGCCCAACUAUAGGGACCAGCUAUACUACGCUCUGCUCUCUAGAAAAUAAACAGCACGCCCAUUUGGCCAGCCCAUGGGCGGGUGCGUGUUUUUUAGUUUUUUUACUUAUUAUUUAUCAGUUCAUUUUUAUUUUCUCUAAUUCAAAUAAAUCAAAAAAACAAUUCGAUUCCUUUUCUGCACGUUACAUGGCUGCCACCUCCCAAGUAACUAUGAUGCGCCUCAGACCGGCAAUUGCCCCCACUGUACCCUUACCUCCUGCAGCCAUCUUCUAA